CAGGCAUUCCGCCAUAUUGUUGGCACAGCAUAAAAGUACGGAGUAAAUUGGACGAGGCGAAAAAAAAACUUCUCUUUCUUUUUUUUUUACUUAUUUCACAAAACACUAGCUUAGCAAACGGGAAAGCUCAUAAUUGGCCAAAUAAAAUAUAAAUACAAUUGCAGAAAUAAAAACAUAAUUGAAACAAAAGUAUUUUUGAUGUCGAAGAAAUUGUCGAGAUUUAAAUUAAUCAGAAUGAACGAGGUGCUGUGUUAGUAAAAGGUUUCUUUUCGUGCAACAUUUAGCAAGAGGAAUUGGGAGAAAAGCCAACAAGGAUCUUGGCGUGUGAAAAGUGAAAAAAAAAACGAGGAAGAGAGAGAGAACCAAAAGGAGGAAAAAAACGACAGAGAGAGAGAGAAAAGAACGAAACAGAAAAGAACGGAGUGAACGCAACGGUACGGUUUACGAAACUGAAUGCAUUUGAAUAAGCUAACAGCACUUUAUUGGGUCACAAUGGCGACUUUUUGAAAGUAAAAACACCACAAAAAACCACCCGACAAACAAUUCCAGUUUCAUUUUUGAUAUCUCAUCAUUAUUUCGUUCCGUGUUUUGUUUAUGUUGCGUUUCGCAAAACCAUUUAUUUCUUCUAUGGCAAUAUGUUAACCAGGGAUAAAUUCAACGCCAUGCGUUUGUGGCGAUUAAUUAUUUUUGUUUUGAUCAUAUUAUCCAUUUUGGUUGGAUUGACAUGGGAAACUGAGCCACGCGAACCAAAGCCCAUCAAACACAGUGUUGUCAAGGCAUGGGCCGAUAAAUUAGGUAUUGAACUAUGGCAUUUGGGCAAUUUUAUAACACGAAGAAAAGAAGUACAAGACAGCUUCAAAACAGCUCAAGUUGUGCCAAGAGAUGGGAAAAAGAUUCUGGAAAACAUGGUGAUGGAGAUCGAGUCCAUGUUCAAAUCAAAAAUCAGUGCCGUACAGCGAAUUAUGGAUGCUGCGGAAAAUGCCGCACAAUCGCAUGACAAAGAUGCGUGUAACGAACAGUUUUCCUAUUACGAUGCAAAGGAAAUGCUAGAACCACUGGAUCCGACAACAACUAUUGCACCGAAAAAGUUCGACGAUAGAUCCCUUGAUCCACCUAACGUAACAAUACCACGUAUCAGAUUACAUAAAAAUCGAAAUUUUUAUAAUAUUCCCGUGAAUACUUCGUUAAGCUCUGUGCAUGUGCCGACGAAUGUGUACGGAAGGGCUUGUGAUGUUAUAAAGGACAUUGAAUGGUCCAAUAAAUUAGAUAGAAUAUUCAAAGAUAAUUAUCAAAAGGAUCCAACAUUAUCAUUCCAAUUUUUUGGUAGUUCGACUGGAUUUAUGCGACAAUUUCCAGCGUCUAAAUGGAAACAGGAUCCAGUAGAUUUAUUUGAUUGCCGCCUCCGCCCGUGGUACAUAGAAGCGGCGGCUAGUCCAAAAGAUAUGGUUAUUCUAGUCGAUAUAUCAGGUUCGAUGCGUGGUCAGCGUAAAGAUAUCGCCAAACAUGUAGUUUCAAAUAUAUUGGAAACCCUAACCACGAACGAUUUUGUCAAUAUUUUAAAAUUUUCUGAGCGAAUCGAGUCGGUUGUAAAAUGCUUUAAUGAAUCCUUAGUGCCGGCUACAUUAGAUAAUAUUCGAAGUUUGAAUACCGGCAUGGAAACCAUCGAAACGGAAAAGAUUGCCAACUAUUCACAAGCACUGAUCAGUGCCUUUGAAAUUCUACAAUCGUAUCGAAUGAAUGACGAGGGUGCCGGUUGCAAUCAAGCCAUUAUGCUCAUAUCGGACGGUGUGCCGCAUGAUUUUAAUGAGACAUUUCAACGAUACAAUUGGCCAAAUGAAACAUAUCGACCGGUUCGAUUGUUCACGUAUUUAAUCGGUAGCGAAGUGCCCGAUUUUCAGCUGAUCAAAGAAAUGGCGUGCAUUAAUCAAGGCUAUUAUGUGCAUUUGAGUGUACCGUCUGAAGUGCGCGAACAAGUGCUACGUUACAUACCGGUUAUGGCACGGCCACUUGUCCUUGGCAGACAGGAGCAUCCAAUCAUCUGGUCGCACGUUUAUGCUGAUAUUAUUGAUCCCAAAAUGACCGACUACAAAUGGGAAAUCAAGCAACGAAGAAAACAAAAGGAUUUGUUUUUAAACUAUCGAAAUGUCCAAACGGGCGAUGGCAAUGCAACAUUCGAUGAUCGGCUUUACAAACCAUCUAAAAAUGAGGAUGAAACCACCACUGAAGAGUAUAAUAUGCUAACAACGGUUUCGAUACCGGUAUACGAUCGCCGCGAGAGUGCUAAUAUCACCGAAGAAAUUCUCAUAAAUGAGGCACAUUGGAUAUCAAUUACACGUGAGAUGGCAAUCGCCAAUUUGUUGGGUGUGGCUGGAACCGAUGUCCCGAUUCGAGAUAUAAAAAAGCUGAUGAUGCCAUUUACGUUGGGUGUCAAUGGAUAUGCGUUCAUAGUGAAUAAUAACGGCUAUGUGUUGACGCAUCCAGAUUUGCGACCAAGCUUUCAAGGCAUUUUGAAACCGGCCUAUAACACAAUUGACAUGCUCGAAGUUGAACUUCUAGAUGAUGCUCGCGAACCACGGGAUUUUUCGGAUAGCUUGUUAAAGGUUCGCGAGCAAAUCAUAAAUCAAGAGAAUGGAACCGCGCAUAUGAUGGUGAAAUAUCAUUUGGAUAAUAUGAAACGUGUGUCCCGAUUGAAGCGAAAUUAUUACUGGACGGCGAUUCCACAAUCGCCAUUCACUCUAGUACUUACAAUUCCUGAACCGUAUGGUUUGAAUCGUUUACAGAUUCGGUAUGAAGACGAAAUUCAUCGUGUUCAUGCUAAAGGAAAUGAUGUUCUUAGCUUUUUUGAGGGGCACCGAUGGCGAGUACAUCCUGACUGGCUGUAUUGCAAACACGCUGAAUUGCAGUUUGAAACGCCAGAGGAGGAACUAAAGUACUUUUUGAACAAAACAAAAAACUCACGUUGGAAGUGGAAAGGACGAACUGCAGUGUCGCCCGAGCAUGCAGUUCAUUCAAACACAAGUACUGGGCGAACAUCGACCAUAAAUGAUAAGGAUUCAUAUUACUGCGAUCGCAGUUUGAUGCAAGAGGUGGUUUUCGAUGCAAAAGUCACCGAAUGGUUCUCGAGGAACGACAGCUUCAACACAAAAGAUGGCCCUAGCCCAAUAGCCGUUUUAAUUGGCUUACUGCCAAGGAACGAAUUCGAUCAACGAUUCGGCAUAACGACCGCUUUCUUGGCAACGCAUAGCGGCUUGACUCGCUGGAUGGACUUUCAGAAACCGAACAACAACUAUGUAGCCGAUUCGCAUCCAGAGGAACCAUCCGUGAGCAAUUUCAUUCGCGAGCAUCAUCGUUCAGUUGAUGAGGUGUGGUACAAACGUGCCGUUGAACAACAUUAUGUCGAGCCGCAGAGUUUCGUUUAUUCGGUGCCAUUCAAUCAAGAGGACACAACAAUCGAUGUCAAUAAUAUACUCGUUACGGCGAGCCAUGCAAUUUUCCACACCGAAGACAAAAAAUCCGCCCCAAUCGCCGUUGUCGGCUAUCAGUUUCAACACUCAGCACUCCAAACUCUAUUCAAAAACAUUACAACCAAUUGCGGUGAAAAUUGUGCAAAAACAUGCUUCUCGAGAGAUCCAGAUAUUGAAUGCUUCAUAUUAGACAAUCAUGGAUAUGUAAUCGUCACUAAAGAGCCAGAUAACACGGGCAAAUUCUUUGGCGAAAUCGACGGCAAGCUAAUGCAGAGCUUAGUUAUAGAAAAUAUCUACGAGGAGGUCAACAUUACGGACUAUCAAGGUGUCUGCUACAUGAGCAUCAACGAUGGUAAUCCAGCCAACAUACUACAAACGCCAUUCUUAUAUAUGAUAAAAUUAAUCAAAUGGACGAUCAAACUAAUUGCAUGGGCCAUCGUACAAACCUCCAUACUACCGGUCGAUGCGAAUGAUGCGCUUGGAAUGGAUUAUGAAAAUGCAGAUUAUCCGUCAUCAACGAUGCUACCAUUUCAACUGAACGGCGAAGAGAAAAUCAAAACAUUAAAUAAGUCUGCCAUAAUAAAUCGCACAAGGCUAUAUUCGUGUGAUCAAACGAUAAAACUAUACACAUUAUCGCCGUCAUUAAGAAAUAGAUCUACAAAUCGUGCCCCAUCGUGCGAACGACCAUUUGUUGUGAUGCCGAUACCAAAUAGUAAUUUAAUAUUGUUAGUUAAAGACUUGAACUGUCCCGUAGUUGGUGAUAUGUAUAACAAAAUGACAGUUGAAGCUGAAGAAUAUAAAUACGUGACACGAAACAGUUGCGAUGCGAUGCCUUGUUUAACAUGUUUCAAAGCAACAAGACAACUAUUCCGCCGACGACCAGCUAGCUGUAUUAGUCAGAACAAAAACGAAUCUGAAAUUCAACAAUGUGGACACGGGAACACAAUAUCAAUCAGCUUGAUUUUCAUAGCAUUAGUAAUAUUUAUCGGUCAAAUUCUCUAACAACUGCAUGCAUAACAAAUAUGAACAAUUGUAUUUUUUUAAUUGUAUUAUAAAUUCAACUUGAAAAAUGAAGACAAUUUUUUCCGUUCAUUUUGAAGUCAAAGAGCUUUUAUUUCAAAUCAAUUACUGAUUUAUUAAAAAAAAAAAGAGAUUUAUUGUGACCAGUGCUGAUGUUCUGAAAUUCGCUGGCGAAUCGUUCGGUUGACUCAGUCGAUUUUUUUUCCAAUGCACAAAAUAAAUCGUGUUUAAAAUGAUGGCGCAUAAAUUCUAAUCAAUUCAUUCACAUUAUGUUAUUUUUCGCGAAAUAAAUCCAUUCAUUGAAUAAAACUAAACAUUUGUGGCUUUUCCAUCGUCAAAUUUUCAUUGCGUGCGAUUUUACUGCAGGAAAAAUCGAACAAUUCGCCAGCUGGUUUGAGAAUUUUGGCCAAAAUGAAGAAGAAAAAUAUUGUAAAAAUAUAAUGUUCACACAUUUAAAUCGCCCCCAACAAAACACAUACAAAAAAAAUUCACACACUAAGAACAUGAAUUUUUUUGCGGAUUUAAAAAAAAAGAAGAAAACAAAGUGAAAAAAAAACAAAUGUCAGACAAGUUGUAAAUAAAUUUAAAUCUUGUUUAAAAAAAAUCCCAUAUUCCCAGUCAUAAGCUCCAAACAAAUUUCGUUAUAUUUACAAAACAUAAGAAAAUGAACUUUUUAUACAAAGUGGCAAUUCACACUUUCACACAAAAUCACAUAUAACAUACACACAAAUUUGAUAUUAUUACCUGGAAUGGACGGGAUGCACAAUUAAAAUUCGGAGUGCAUGGCCAGCGAAAAUCAAUGCGGUAUCGAACCACUAGAGCAAACACUUCGAAUCACUCGGCCCAUCGAAUUUUGAUUGGGUUUCCGUUCGAUUUUCGUUUUAACUUGAUUUAAAUCUCUAUUUAAGUAGCAAAUACAACAGAUUCCGAUCUUUUCAUGGAACAAAAAAAUAUCGGUUAAUGUCAGUCGCUUGAAUAAGUUGAAAAGAAAAAAAAUAACUACCAAUAAAAAGAAAUCAUUUAUCAUUUUACCAUUGCCAUUGCAAUUGAGUUGAUAACAAAUAUAGGUACAAUUUUUGUUUUUCGAAAUCGAUUGCAUUUUCCCUUCGUUUUUAAAGAGAAUGAUAAAAAAGAACCAUAUUAAAUACAAAGAAAAA